UGCCUUUGCUGGAUCCUGGAAGUGGUUCUGCCUUUCUAAUCUGAGGACCCUCUGUCCCUGCCAGCCAGGCCUUGGGAGUUAAUAAGUACAAAGACUAAUUACUUCUGGUGCUGCCGUGCAAAGCUGAAGAUCUUUCCCCUCCUCCCAAAAGUUCCCUGAAGAUAACAAAGGUUGCAACCAUCGACAGAAAUCUUUCAAACAAUUCGCUCCAAGACUUCAGAGCAUGGGGUUGGCCCCUGCUGUCACUGUGGGUCCUGGCCAUGAGGCAGGGCAGGGCUGUAGAUGACACGGACACCUAGCAGAAGCUGGGACAGAGAAUUGCUCCCCAUGUGGCAUCUGCAGCGGUGCUCUGCAAUGGAUGGAAGGAUCCCCAUGGCUAACUUGCCUGCAGCUGAGACCGGGAGGGGAGCUGCCCCGGGGUGCAAAGGCUCGGAGGGGAUACCGCUGCCCGGAGGAGAGCCCAGGGCAAUGGCAAGUGUUUGGAGCCUUUGGAGACCUCCUCAUCCUGUUAGCGAUGUCACUGUUUAGCCAGGCCAGUUUUGAGGAAGACAGUCAGAAGCAACCAGCUGUGGGACACUGGAAGCCACUAAUGCCAUCCAAAGGCAGCAAGGAGGAGCCAGAGGCCGGGUGGCAGGAUGCUGGAGGUGUGGAUGAGACCCAGUCCACUGAGCAGCUCAAUGUGUCGCGUCUACGCAGCUCCUCGGUGGAGAUCCGCGAAAAGGGGUCUGAAUUCCUGAAGGAAGAGCUGCACAAAGCGCAGAAGGAGCUGAAGCUGAAGGACAAAGAAUGCGAGAGAUUGUCAAAAGUCAGAGAGCAACUGGAGCAGGAACUAGAGGAGUUAACAGCUAGCCUAUUUGAAGAAGCGCACAAGAUGGUGAGAGAAGCAAACACUAAACAGGCGGCGUCAGAGAAGCAGCUGAGGGAGGCACGGGGGAAGAUCGACAUGCUGCAGGCAGAGGUAACGGCUCUGAAGACGCUGGUGAUCACAUCUACACCUUCCUCUCCAAACCGGGAGCUGCACCCUCAGCUCCAGAGCCCUUCCAAAGCUGUCUUCAGGAAGGGCCACGGGCGAAAUAAAAGCACCAGCAGUGCAAUGGUCUCGGCUGCCAGCCAGAACGUGACUCCAGAGCCAGUCAGUCAUGAGCGCAGAGAGGUCGACUCCAUUUUAUUUGCUGAGUUCCAGGCCUGGAAGGAAUCUCCAACCUUGGAUAAAUCCUGCUCCUUCCUGGACAGAAUUUACCGUGAAGAUGUAGGACCUUGCCUGGACUUCACGAAGCAGGAGCUGUCGGAGCUGGUGCGCGUGGCUGUGGAGCAGAACACCCUCACUAUUGAGCCGGUUGCUUCCCAGACAUUGCCUGUGGUGAACGUGUCAGCAGAGGAGUGUGGUGGGCCAAAUGGGUUCUGGUCACAAAUUGUAACGAAAUGUGCUCUGAGUGGCCUUCCCAGGACCUGCAAGCACCGCAUCAUGCUGGGAGAUUCUGGGAAUUACUACUACAUUUCACCAUCCUGCAGGGCCAGGAUCACAGCUGUGUGCAACUUCUUCACAUACAUUCGCUAUAUCCAGCAGGGCUUGGUGAGGCAGGACGUGGAGCUCAUGUACUGGGAGGUCAUGCGGCUCCGGAGGGAGAUGUCUCUGGCCAAACUUGGGUUUUAUCCCAGUGAGAUGUAAGCAGUGGCCUGAGCACGGAAGGAAGCUGCUCCCGUAUGAAUGGCUUGUCAAACAUGGUCUGCCAGACAGAUGAACGCAGCACCUCUCCUGCCAUGGGCCUUACUCCUUCCCCACCCUCCUUCUGCCUGAAGCUGAUCAAGGAGCAAGAAGCACAAGUUCCACCUUCAGCUGUCCCGCUUCUUCAACUGUGACUGGAAUGCAGCUGCCAAGCUACCUGCUCGGAGCUGGGCUGGCCCCGGCUGCUCCGUGGUGGCUGUCUAUAGACUGUCCUCUAUGGAGUCUCCUAUAUGCAGUGUAUAUCCAUUUUUUUUUUUUUUUUUUAACUUUUGUUUUUAUAUGCAGUCUGCUUUGGCGUAGUCUGAGGCCAGCCCUGUGCAGGGCAGGAGUCCUGGACCUUCUUUGUAAGCAAGCCUUUCAGGACAGAUGCUGGCUGUCUGUCCAUCUGUUCCACUCGUUCUUUGGGGUGGAAGGUGCUGUGCCCAGCCGUGCACCUGCUGACCACUUCCCCCCCUAACAGCCCUGCAAAUGCCAGCAGCACGCAAUAAUCUUAUGGAGAGCCGUGAACAGUCUGUUUCAAAGGACUUCCUUGCUCCUUUUAAAGGAGCCUGCAAGAAAAGCUUUCUGCCAACCGAGUCACAAAGAGGGAUUUGUUUCCGCUUUUAGCUUGCGAUUUGGCACGGGGUGAUCCAGGCAGGGGGAACAGCCGGAGCAGAGGCCAGAGCCAUGCACCUGGGGCCUUGGGCAGAAGAAGGCGAGCAGGGCAACUGCAUUGCUCACAGUUGGCCGCAGCCUGGCUGCAGUCGGUGCAGGAUGUGCUCUCCUGGUCUGGAGAAUCCACUGCAGUUGUCACAGAUGCAGACCUUGACAGGUGGUGCCCUGUGACAGUCCUUGGCGCAGAGGUUGCCCAUGGUGCUCUUAGAUACGAGCCUUACCCACAGACAUGCCUCGGAGCUGUUCCUGCUCUGAGGGAGCUUUGCGCAGUGCUGUUCCCACCGUUUAGAUAGAAACCGUGGUCCCAGGCUGGGUUCUUCAUGUCUCCAGAAGUAGCAUGCCCAGCUGGGCAGUGGCCCAGAGAUUUCCUCCCCAGUAUUGCAUCAGACCUAGAGAUGCGUGUCCGCUGGAAAACCCAGCUUCUGGGCUACCCUCCCUGGUGAGGAAAUCUGAGCCAUGUCUGCGUGCGUGAGGGAUGUAGCUGCGGUCCCUGUGUGCCCCUCUGUGCUGGGAGGGAUGUUGCCAAAGCUGUUGGCACACUGAGGCCCGCUACAGCUUGAGCUUGGACCCAGGCUUGUCUGCACAGAGCUGUGUUAAAGCCAUGACAGUGCUUUGUAGCCAGUUUAGCCUUUUUUGCAGUGACUCUGGAAUUGGCUUAGCCACCGCCCACCCUGGGGUUUUCAUCUCAUGUGGUGUUUCUGCACUCUUGACUGGCACGUCACCCAGUCCCUCUGCCUUCAUCAUAACUCACCUUAGCAUGUUAGUGCCCAGAAACCAGAUCACCAUCCUCAGCUCCAUGAAGUUUCAUCCUCUCCCGAGAGAUGCUACAGUAGGAACUCUGUCUUCAGUGGAAGAAAAAUAACUGAGCUGCUGCGUCCAGGGGAGGGAGGAAUAGACAGGGAAGGCAGAAGUUUUGGCUUGGAUUCUGAUGCGAGGACAGCUUCACAACAGAUAAGAGAAAACCUUCCUGCAGAAGACACCCGUGAGCACAAGCUUUCCUGUCACUGAGCACACUCGCAGUAUGCUGCUGAGUUGCUCCUCAGGGUACUCCUUUCCUUAGAGCUAUGCUGGCAGAUGGUGGUGUGUGCCAAGGCUUAGUAGCUAUGUGAAACUGGAGCUGACACCCCCAGAGCUGGGAGAGCACGUUCCUGGCAAUACAUACUAGCUCUGAAUCCACCUGCAGCUCAAAGGGCUGACCUCCAGGUCCCUGCUAACACCCCACUUCUGCUUUUGCUUCCUGCAGCUGAGUAACCCAGCUCAUGCUGCCCACCCUAGCUAGAUGGCUGUGUACGUCUGCUGCUCUUCACCAAAGGGAUGUGUUUCAAAUGUGGAGUAAAAGCCUGGAAAAAAACAUCUCUGGGUAAGAGUCUGGCAGGGUCUUGAGCUAGUGGUGAACCUGCCUCUCUUAUGGUGGUGUCUGCAGACUUGUGGCAAUUUGACGUCAGCUUUUCCAGAGAAGAAAACAGAAAUGGCUUCCCCCAGCUGUAGAUUUCAGCUCGGGUAAAUUCUAUCCCUGGCAGCUUCUUGUACAUGUUCUCCCUGGCCUUUUGAUCUCUCCUUGUCCUGUGCCAUUAGCUGCUACAUUGCACAACAGGCGUGGCUGCGUUGCAGCACUGGGAAUGAGAUGAUCUCCCUAUGUAGGAGAUGCUUUGGUUUGUGGGAUUUCCCCCUCCCCCCAGUGUCACUUUGUAAAGCACUUUGAGAUGAAAGGAACUAGAGAAAUGCAUUGUAUAAGGUGGUCUUACAUUUGAAACAAAGCAGAACAAUUUGUAAGUUAAUACAAAGUCACUCCGUUAACAGCGGGAUGGUUGCACCCUGCUCUUUCAUAAAGGAAAAUAAACAUUUGCUAUUAACCUCUUUAAAAAAA